AUGGAUUUGGAUGAGAUUUCACAGAAACUUAAAAAGCUCAAAAGAAGGGGAGUUGAUUUAAGGGUGAAAAAUAGAAAAGAGACGGUCAAGGAAGAUAAUGAGACUGCUCGCGGAAAAAAGCCUUUAAUUUACAGCAUGAAGGAUGAUGAAGAAGUACAUGAACAGAAAGACGGAGAUGAGCGAGAUAAAUUACUUCAAUACACCAUGAAGGAUUAUGAGAGAUGGGAGAAUAAACAAAACCGCGAAGGUCUGCGGUCAUCUGAAGGUGCAAACUUGCGGGACCUAGCAAAAUUGACAUAUGACAAGGAAAUCCGUAACAUUACUAAAGAUGGGCCAAUAUCGAGUGGUAAAGUGACCAAGAAAAUUGAGAUAAAUUCUAAAGGGAAAAUUGUCUUGAAGGAUGAAGAUAAACUGAUAGAUAAGCUUAAGGAUUCAUUGGACAAAACUGCUGAUAUACGGUAUGCGAAUAUACGUAAAAAGAUUGAGAAACGAAACGGAACAGGUGCUGGAGAAGCAUUUAUAAACAACAAGAACAGACAAUUUAACGAGAAAUUGACGAGAGAAUCAAAACGUUUGCAAAAUGAUUAA